UCGGAGGGAGUAGUUUAUAUUUGUCUUCCUAAAUUCCACUGUGGCUUUAUAUAAAGAGGUACAAGUCAACUGAAUGCAUACUAUCAGUAAAGUUUGAAACUGAGGAUUGAUAUGUACUCUUGAGGUGUUAAAAUUUGCCCCAGAAUGUAGCACUUGGUAUGCAAAACUUGUAGUUCGUACAUAGAACAUUUUACUCACUUUAUUGGAUCAACAGCAGGACGGGGCCUCUUUUUCCUUGUACUGGAACCGAGGAGGUGUUGCUAUUAGUGUUGAUGAUUGUAUUUGUAUAGUUCUUGCACUUGUUCGUAGCAAAAUGAUUCGUGGCGUAUUUGUUAACUUGCUGGGCCAUGGUUAUUCCAGAAAUUAGAUUUUUUUUAGUUAGCUUCUAGUUGCACUUGUAACUUUGUAAGUUGUAUUGAAAGGCAAACUAUGUACGCUCUUAAAUUCAUAGCUGUUUGGAAGAGCAAGAGGGCAUGGAAGUAAAUAGCAUGAAAAUCCGUGUCAUGAAAAUUUAUACAUGCCCAUGUUCUUGCAGCUAGUUUUGGUUGACUCUUGACAAAAUAGUUGUAGUUGACUUUUUUUAGGGUUAACUAAAGUAUGAUUUGAAAAAAAAGGAGAUAAUAUGGGGAAAAUCUUUUAGCGUCAGAUAAUAUACUUAUCCUCCAGUCGAAGUAACCAUCUUCAUGCAUGCUUGCUCAUAAAAUAGUAGUUCUAUGAGUGGACUUACUGAACCACAAGACAGAAUCAGCAUAAACAACAUAUACACAGACAGAGAGAGGUUUCCAUUUCUUUAUGUAGACAUUUUUCAAACCUGGUUGGCAGGUUGCAUCCCCUUAGGCCAUGAUCGAUCCUUAUCAGCUUAUGUCAUUAGAAUAUAAAACAAAAAAAUACCAAAGAUAAGCCUUUUCAAUUAAAAUCAGGACUGGGUACUACUGAUAGAACAUAAAGUGUUUUGUUUCCUCUACCUUCUUGUCUUGUUCUGUGUUUUAUUCAGCACAUGGUGACGGCAUUGAUGUCGUAUGGUUGUGCAGUGGUGAUGGAAGAACUUUCCUCAUUCUUCAAAAAGAAAAUCAGAAUCAAAUAUAUAAUGCUUUGACUUAUCACAGGGUAGCUAGAUUCCAGCACCUACCAACUAUUUGUUUAAGCUUAAUGCUAGUGCUAACUCAUUUCCCCAUUCACUUACACCCACAUUGGGUCUGCAACUGCCAACUGUGGCCAUGGAAAGGAUCAACUUGAAUUAGUAUAUCCAUAUUCUGAUAUCAUGAUGCUAAUAUCUCCUCCACUCUGCUCUAGCAGUUCUAUAUUUAUUGGGGGCAAUGUUUAUUGUUCACAUGUAGUGUUAAACUGCAAAUUGCACUACACUCGAGAAUAUACUAGUAUUUUGAUAGACAUUAUUAUUUAACUACUAACAGGACGGUCGAUGGUUGGACAGGUCUUUCCCUUCAAAAUUAAGUCAUGUUGAUAUGAGGCCAUUCAUGCCCACCUCAAACUCUCAAACGCACCUGCUUUCUUGGCACCACCUCUCAUCCCUUGUUGUUUGCUGAAUCUUCUACAGAUUCAUUAUAUUCCACACCGGACUCUCAACCAGAAAAGGUUGUGUUCUUGCAUUCAGGUCUGCAGCAGCUGCUUUCAAGAUGUUGCCGCUUGAACAUAAGCCUGAGUGUUGAAAUUUGUGGAUGGCAGUGACCUGCAGAACCUCCAUGAUAUCUGCCUUCCUUUCUUUCAAUUCUUGUGCUUCUUGCUUUUAAUCUCUCAAGGUGUUUCAAAGGGCAGACUCCCACUGCAAGUGAGCGCGUGAGGGAGGGAGAGUUAUGGGAGUUGUGCUUCUGGAUUUCUUGGGCCAAUUGAUCAAACAACGAGCUUGUCUACGGUGGAAGCAAGCAGGCCGAGCUUCUUACCGUUGCAGUUAGCCACUUUAUAUUUUCUGAAAGCUCACUCGCAGUCUGCCACUUCUCUUUGCUUGUGUUUGUGCAUGAGAUUGAGCUGUGGCCGCAUGGGGCUCAACAAAGAAUUGUUGCAAGGUUUGUGUUCUGAUGGUCUAUGGAAAUAUGCAGUUUUUUGGUCACUCGAAAGCGAGAAUGGGAUAUUGACUUGGGGAGAUGGUUAUGUUGAUAAGAUGACCAAGGAUACCCAAAGAAGAGAUCUUUAUGAUAAUCUAGCUGAUAGUGAUAAUCAGAUAAUAUCACAUAUUUGGUCCAACAAUGACCAGUAUCAAAGCUAUCCAUUGUGCCCAGUGUUGUGCCCCAUCGAGGCAGCAUUGCUGAGCAUGUUUUGUCAUUCUUAUUCUCUUGGAGAAGAAAUUAUUGGUAAAGUAGCGGUUACGGGACAACAUUGCUGGAUAUCUGCAAAUGAUUUUCGUUCAACAUUAGUCUAUAAGUAUCACGAGGACUGGCAAUUUCAGUUUGCAGCAGGAAUCAAAACAGUUUUGCUUGUACCGGUGAUUCCUCAUGGGGUUCUUCACCUGGGCUCUUUACAUAUGGUUCUGGAAAGUUCAGCGUUGGUGACACUCGUGAAGGACUUGUUCUAUAAGAUCAACGACCCCUCGAUUCUUCAUAAUCCUUCAGCCACAGGGUUUGUCUCCUUGAAGAAACCUACUGCAAGUCUAUUGGCGGAUCCCCCAGACACACUUGCCCAUGACUUAUUUGAUUUGAUCAACAGCUCUGCUCAGCUUUUGAGGGUUGAUCAUCUUAAUCUAUCACACCCCUUCACUGCGUCAGAGUUUCCAAUGGUAGAUGAUGUCAUUGCAGGGGCGUAUGUUACUGGUAUAACAGCUUGCCCAGAUGAAACUUCUGAUGCCAAUGAGAGUGAUCUGUGGACCAGUGCACAUGAAGGACCAUCUGAACUUACUCACUGCAAGACAUUGUUCGAGCAAGACAUGACCAAUCCCAAUAGCAAACUGAGUUGCAGACCGGUAACUAACAUGGAAGAUUCAGAUUAUAAUAAUAUUGAUGGUUUUACUCUUGCAUAUAUGGCACAAGAAUAUCAGGAGAACACACAUGGUACCACUACUGUUUUAAAUGAUGAUUUUGUAACUUCAAAUUCUUUGGUUCAUUCAAAGCUGCACAAAGAUGUUGAGGCUAUGCCCAGGGAAGAUCUUGAGAACUUCGUGUGGCAUAGUAGAUCUAAACAUCAAGAGUUUACAAGCCAUUCUCUCCUUCAAGCGAAUGAAAGCAGAACAUGUUUUUACUCGCAUCUUGAGAAUAACGAGUAUGCAGAGUUCUUACUAGACGCUAUAACCUGUCAGGUUGGUAGUAUUCCAAACAGUGUCUCUUCGCAGUCAACUGGUUCUUUGACUUCAUCCCAAACACAAAUUCAGAGAGAAGAUCAUGCAGUGAGGCUGGAGGAAUUGUCAGUUCCAAACCACCCUGGUGGCCAGGAUUUUUCACCUAUCUCAGUCAAUGAUGGCUUCAUGAGUUAUAAAGUGACUGUUUCAUCCCCUGCGGAAAUCAACAAGACAAUGACUGAAGAAUGUAUGGGUCGUACAAUUCAAGACGUGCGAGGAGAUUCAGUUAAAAUAAAACAUGGAUGCAGAAAAACUGAGCUGCAGAAAGCAAGACCUAGAGACAGGCAGCUAAUCCAAGACAGAAUGAAGGAGCUGAGGGAGCUCAUUCCAAAUGCCACAAAGUGCAGCAUUGAUGCUCUCCUGGACAGUACAAUAACCCACAUGGUGUUCCUCCAAAGUGUAUCCGAGAAAGCUGAGAGGCUUCAGGACAAAAUAGGAAACAGGGAGCUUCAGGCCAAUAAGAAUCUGGAAAACUGUCCACUGAGAGUCCAAGAGCUCGAGCAAUCUGGUCAUCUUCUCAUUGAGAUGGUGUGCAAGGGGUAUGACGUCUUCUUCGAGAUUGCCCAUCUGUUCAAGAACCUUGAGGUGAGCAUACUAAAAGGAGAGCUGGAGUACCGUUCGGAUGAGCUCUGGGCUUGCUUCGUCAUCGAGGCUUCGGAAUGUUCAAACAAGAUGCAGAUUCUCUGUCCGUUGAUGCAUCUGUUGCAGAGGAGAUGAUCAUGUUUUGUGACUUGUGUUGUGUCGUUUGGUUAUGGCUAGCCAUUUUCCCGCUUGAAGUGUGGCUCAUUGAAUAAUGUACAGGAGACAUGUGGUGCACUGGAACAACAGUUUGUUAAUUGCAGACAUCUGAGACUUGCUAGCUUGGUUCUUAUAUUUUUAUUUUAUUUUGAAAGCUUCACUAUCAUCUGAGGCGACCCAGAAUUAAUUGUGCUAUUAAAUAAUAUACUGUACUUUCGUCACAA